CACACAAGCUCAGGGACUCAUCAGAAUCAUCUCUACCAGUCAAGCAACAGGACCCUCAGGACUGACCGCAGGAAACAGCCACCAUGCCCAAAAAAUCCAUCAUAUCCAAGGCUUUCGGCGCUGCCUUUGUCAUCCUGACUGUCUCUGUCAUCGCCGGUAUUGCUAUCAUGAUCAUCUUUUACAACACUGAGCUCUCUACAUUGAACCCGACGCCUCGUCCAACCUUCCUACCCACCACCCAAGGUCCACCACCCGCCAUGCGGCUGCCAAAGAAUCUCAUACCUCACAGCUACAAGGUCUUCCUCCAGCCUCACCUCUACACCCGAAUCAUUGAGGAGGUAAAUGUCACCAGUCCCAACCAGACGAUGCUCUUUACCGGGAACUCUACCGUUAACUUUCACUGUGUCCAGAGGACAAACACCAUCUACCUCCACAGCAGUGACCUGACAGUGUCUAAUCCACUGGUGAUGAACAGGGACACGAAUGAGAUGAUUAGUGUUUCUACAAUGAGAGACCACUUCAACGGCACUUACUUCCUAGAGAUCCAGUUGAACGAUGCACUGGAGGCGGAAGGGAACUACAGUUUGUUUCUGGCUUUCAAGGGAGACAUGUCACAAUCUCUUGAUGCGAUGUAUCCAAGCACAUAUGUUGAAGGUGUCCCAGCUCAUGAAGGCGAUAAAAAUACAGAGAGAUUCCUUGUCGCCACCCAUGUGGAACCAACAGAUGCCAGGAGAAUAUUUCCUUGUUUCGAUGAGCCAGAAAUGAAGGCAGAGUUUGACGUGACCAUCAUCCACAGGGCAGGCACGACAGCUCUAGGGAAUGCGGAAAAGUCAGACUCCAGCAUUAUAGAUGAUGACUGGAAAUACACUCGUUUUCAUCCAACACCGAAGAUGUCAACAUACUUGUUUGCCUUCACAGUUUCAGAGUUCACAGCAACCCCCUCCUUACAUGAGCGUGUGGACAUUAACAUAUAUGCUCGUCCUGAAGCCACUGCAGCAGGACACGCUCAAUAUGCAGCUAACAUCACCGGAAAGAUUCUCAAGUUCUACGAGAAAUAUUUUGACAUUGAUUACAACCAGAAAAAGCUUGAUCAAAUUGCACUGCCAGACUUAAGUCCUGGAGCGAUGGAAAACUGGGGACUGGUCACAUACCAGCAAGGAGGCCUGCUUUAUGAGGAAGGAGUGUCCUCACUGUUGCACAAGGAAGUGAUCGCCACUCUUAUCGCACAUGAGCUGGCACACCAGUGGUUUGGAAAUCUGGUGACAAUGAAAUGGUGGAAUGAGAUUUGGCUUAAUGAAGGCUUUGCCACCUACAUGUCAUUCUUCGCAGUGGAUGAUGUUGAGCCCACAUUCAAAUUAAAAGAGGCACAUAUCAUGGACAACCUCCAUGAAGCAUUUGAGCAGGAUGCUCUGGAAUCAUCCCAUCCUCUCACCCCUCCAGAGGAAGAUGUCCAGGAAAAUUUUGAGAUUCUUGGGAUGUAUGAUUCUAUAACCUACUGUAAGGGGGCAGCUGUGCUGAGAAUGCUGGCAGACGUCGUGGGAGAGAGGGUUUUCAAAAUAGGAAUCAAAGAGUACCUCUCAGACUUCAGGUUUAAAAACACAGACCAGAACGACCUGUGGAAAUAUAUAGAAAAGGCUGAGCAUAAUAAUGAUGGCCACACCAAGGUUGCCAAGGUGAUGAACACCUGGACCAAUCAAAUUGGCUAUCCUGUCAUCACCAUCAACACUACCAAUGGAGAAGUCUACCAGAAGCACUUCCUGUUCAAUGACUCUUCUGAAUCUAAUCUUUGGUGGUACGUCCCAAUCAGAGUCAUGUCAAAUACAUCUACACCUACCCUUGUUUGGUUGGAAUCCAGCAACUCAGUAAAGAAAGACGAAUUCCUUUCUAAGAGUGGAGAGUGGAUCCUGGCAAACGUCCACUGUACUGGAUACUACAGAGUCAAUUACAACCCGGAGAACUGGGGACGCCUCCUGACUCAGCUGGAGACAAACCCACAUCUGAUCCCAGUGAUGAACAGAGGGCAGCUUGUUGAUGAUGCAUUUAACUUGGCAAGGGCCAAACUUGUUGAAGUCACUCUGGCUCUGAAUUCAACUCGCUUCCUUCGGAAAGAGAGAGCUUUCCUUCCCUGGGAAUCAGCAGUCAGGAACCUUGAGUACUUUGUUCUCAUGUUUGACCGCUCCGAGGUGUAUGGACCCAUGCAGGCAUACCUCCGGGAACAGGUUAGGGGCCUGUAUAACUUUCUCAGGAACUACACAGACAGUUCAAGAGUCCCAGAGGAUCACUCCUUACAGCACACCCAGAUCACCGCCAUAGAGGUGGCAUGUUCCAAUGGACUCCCAGAAUGCAUAGUGAUGGCUACAAAGAUGUUUGCCAACUGGAUGAACAGCAACUCUACUAACCACAUCCACCCCAACCUGCGGUCUGUAAUCUACUGCCAAGCUGUGGCUGCUGGCGGGAAGAGAGAGUGGGAAUUUGCCUGGGACAAGUUUCAGAGCUCCAGCGACACCUCAGAGAAAGACCAGCUACGUCAGGCUCUUUCCUGCACCAAGAAGAUCUGGCUGCUCAACAGAUACCUGGAGUACACAUUGGACCCUGAGAAGAUACGUCUGAUGGAUGUUGCUUCCACUAUUAGCUACAUAGCCAAGAACGUGGCAGGACAGGCGUUGGCUUGGAACUUUAUCAGAGCACACUGGGACUACGUCAGACAGGGGUAUGCAGGCGCACUGAUCGACGGAGUGACCAGCAGGUUCUCGACAAAAUUCGAACUGGCAGAGCUGGAGCGUUUUGCAGCGGAGUAUGAGCUGGCUUCUGCUACCUGGGUGGUGAAUCAGGCCAUAGAGCAAACCCGAGUCAACAUCCAGUGGGUCAGCGAGAACAAAGAUGCUAUACUGGAGUGGUUUGAAAAUGAAACAGCUUUGUAGAGUGGAAAUGUCAUAUUUGAAUGUUUUAGAGCUUCACAAAUCAGUCGUGCUAAAUACUCUUCAGACAUUCCUCCUCCACGAAAUACACUUCAAUAACAAGAACCAAUCAAGACCUGAGUCUAACUUUGCCAAAACAGAAUCAUGAAAUAAGACAUUCAAUAUCCCACCAAACAAUUUACCAAACUGAACUGUGACAGCAUGUAAGUCUGAUAGAUAGUAGAGUACUAACCAUUCAAGAUAAAAGUUUACGUAUGUACAUUAUUUAUACAGUACAGUCAAUGCCAGCAGUCAGAGGAACAAACUUUUUACUCCACCGUUUGCCAUUUUUGCACAUGAUGCUGAUAAAGCAUCAGCCAACUUUACAGUAUAAUUAUAUGUUUGUAAAAGUUUUAUGUUUGAUUAAAAAUAUAUCAUAUAUACUUUCCAAAAUUACUUUUUUCUUUGUUGCUGUUGCCCAUUAUUAAAAUGAUUUUACAAUCAAAGCUUUUUACUGUGGAAAAUGGAUUGAAACUUCCAUUGCUGGUGUUUAUCUCUUAGCAGAUCUGUAAUUCUGAGGACAAACGGAGUGAUUCAACACAAUUAGAACAGCAGUUUGAUGCUGCCAAUUUCCACAGCAGCUUCUCAACAACUUGCACAAAUCACAGCCAAAGGACAGACCUGUCUCUGUUUGUUAUAGAGGACAUAUAUACAUGUGUAUUUAUGUUGUAAUCAA